AUGGACCGGAAAAGAGCCAGCGAGACUGCGCUGGGUGAGAAGAGGAAGGAGAAGAAGCACCAGGACGAAAAAGAGACUUUGCGGGCGCAAAUGGCUGUCGACGAUACGAAUCGUCAAAUUCUGACCGACCUCAAAGCGGAGGAGAAAGAGCGUGAGGAGCGGAGCUUGUACGAGUCAUUCCGAGAUCUCCAAGUUCAGAAGCAAAAGAAGAGAAUAAAAGAUCGAGAUGAUGUCUCAAGUAGCAAUCAGGAAGACGUUCACGCACCUGGUAUCAAGACCCUGCAGAAGCCUGAGAACUCGUUGCCAAUCAGUGCUAAAUCAAAGAAGAAAGUGUCAUUUGCUAUGCCGCACAAGGGUGAAGACUCGAGAGACAACCAAGAAGACGAAAUCAUCGAGUUGACAGAAGACGGCAGCUUCGACAUUUCAAACGCUACAAAAUCUAAAGCGCAAGUUGAUCAGCAGAGCACUAUCACAGGUAAUCAGCGCGCAGAGUCCUGCAGCUCACAUGAAAUCUCUGGAGAUGAAGCAAUUCAAGUGGACACUGAAGAUGCCACUCCCGAGAUCGAAUUGCCUCCUCCCCGACAGUGUGUACAGUCAGAAAUCCGCUUCACGCCUCGUGUCUUCCCAACGCCUUCACGAGAAUCCAAAGCUGCAGAGGAGGAGGACUGGUUGCUGAAAAAUCGCAAGCACAUCAACAAACACCAGGGUCUUAAUCGCACAUCGGAGUACGACAUCAGCGAAACUGAUCCUAUGUGGUUGAAAGCCAAGGGGGACGACUUUUUCCGUUCAAAAGAUUAUCGGGGUGCCACAAACGCAUACGCUGAAGCCAUUUCGGCAGCACCCAGUGACAACACGGACCUAAUUGCCAAAUGCCUGUCAAACCGAGCAGCUUGUCUGCUUCAACUUGGCGAGUUCGAGGAGUGUAUCAGCGAUUGUUCAAAAGCGCUAUCGUAUCUGCCGGACACACGCGAUAAGGACGAAAACUCAAGCGUACUAAAACAUUACCGACUCAAACUAAAGCUGUUUGUACGCCGUGGCACCGCGUACUGCCGAGUUGGCCAGUAUGGUCCAGCUAAGGCAGACUACGCUGUCGCGUGCUCUAUGGACAAGCAGAAUCCGCAGCUUCGAGAUGAUUUCGUGGAGCUUGUCGCAAUGGAAAAGGCCCAUGAACUCAAACAGUCCGGCGACAGCAUCUUCAGGGAAGGCAAAGACCUUGAAAAGGCCAUCCAGGUGUACUCAGACUCGUUGCAAUUGAAUCCCCUUUCCAUCGCCUGCUUGUCCAACCGAGCUGCAUGUUAUUUGAUGCAACAUCGUGCCAAGGAGUGUGCUGAAGACUGCUCACAAGCACUAGUAUUGCUGCAACAAGACACCAAUUCUAUGAGCACCUCGGGUCAAGAACAUGGACUUGCGUUCUUCUCCUUUAGUCCUGCCGCUGGCUCAUCUCAGCGUCGCGCUUGGGUAGUAAAAACACUCGUUCGACGUGGUGCCGCCUACUUAUCACUACGCGACUUGGACAAAGCCGAACAAGACUUUGCAGCAAGUGUCGAGCUGGAUCCGUCUAACGAAGCGCUUAAGGCGGAUUUGGCUAAAGUUCGGAACGAACGGAAGCAAAACGAGGCUAAGCACGAUGAACUCCUUGCCCAUCCAACUCCUCUUCAAGCUUAG